CUCGGCGUUCCCAGGCCCUGCGCGGGGAGAGCGAGCUGGGUGCUCCCCGCGUCCCCCGCUCGCGGCGCCCCAUGAGCCCACCCUCGGCCCCAUGGAGCCGGGCAACUAUGCCACCUUGGACGGGGCCAAGGACAUCGACGGCUUGCUGGGCGCGGGAGGGAGUCGGAAUCUAGUCGCCCACUCCCCGCUGACCAGCCACGCGGCGGCGGCGCCAUCGCUGAUGCCAGCUGUCAACUAUGCCCCCUUGGAUCUGCCAGGCUCUGCGGAACCACCGAAGCAGUGCCACCCAUGUCCCGGGGUGCCCCAGGGGGCGUCCCCGGCCCCGGUGCCUUACGGCUACUUUGGAGGCGGGUACUACUCCUGCCGCCUGUCCCGGAGCUCUCUGAAACCCUGCGCCCAGGCGGCCGCCCUGGCCGCCUACCCCGCCGAGACGCCCGCGGCCGCGGAGGAGUACCCCAGCCGCCACGCCGAGUUCGCUUUCUACCCCGGGUACCCGGGACCCUACCAGCCCGUGGCCAGUUACUUAGACGUGUCGGUGGUGCAGACUCUGAGCGCCCCCGGGGAGCCUCGCCACGACGCCCUGCUGCCUGUGGACAGUUACCAGCCCUGGGCCCUGGCCGGUGGCUGGAACAGCCAGAUGUGCUGCCAGGGAGAACAGAACCCGCCGGGCUCCUUCUGGAAGACGGCGUUUUCAGACUCAAAUGCUCAGCACCCUCCAGAGGGCUGCACCUUCCACCGAGGCCGCAAGAAGCGCAUUCCCUACAGCAAGGGCCAGUUGCGUGAGCUGGAGCGGGAGUAUUCAGCUAACAAGUUCAUCACCAAGGACAAGAGGCGCAAGAUCUCAGCGGCCACCAGCCUCUCAGAGCGCCAGAUCACCAUCUGGUUUCAGAAUCGCAGGGUCAAGGAGAAGAAGGUCCUUGCCAAGGUCAAGACCAAUGCUACUCUGUGA